AUGAGUGAAGCCUAAGCAGACCGUAUCUUAUCAAUUGCAAAUCAAGAGACAGUUAAUAGACUAUUUAGAGUUUGCUAUAAAUAAAUUACAGGGUAAAGACCUGUCGGAAAAUUUUAAGAUAGCGAUCAUUAAGCUGUAUUGGAUUGCCACAGAAGAUUAGUAGAAGUAUUAAAAAUUGUAGCACCAGCAAUUGUACCAUUAAGAGAAGAAUGAUUCAAUUGUUAAAAAUAAUCAUCAUAAAACCAUAAUAAUUUUUAAAA